UGCGACCCUGUAGAACAGGAUAAAGUGGCUAGAGAUAAUGAGAUGAGAUGAACUAUGUAAGGUUCUCAUAUGGGAGUUUCAUCCCACAUAGCCGGAUCGACAAUUGAGCUGACUCUCCCAUGUGGACCUGUGCUGCGUGCGACUUGUUAGCCUACCUGUCCUGUCAUAUCCAGCCUCACCUGGCUCUGCUUGCCCUGGCGUCCAAGGGACUGGGUCCCUGUGCACAAUGUGGUCCGAUAUAAUCCAUAUCUGGUCCAUGAUUAUCUGGCCUCUCCUGUUGCUGGUCCACCAACCCGCGACUGGUUUGCUCCAGUACUCAGCUGUGGAGCUUCUCCAGCUGCGUUUCCACCUGUCUGCGCCUCCGCCGGCUUUACUUCACCUUCAUCCGGACAUCGCCUCCCAGCCUCGCCGGAGAUACAUUCACCGUGGAUCCCACCAGAGCCUUCAUCAAGACACCUCGACGGCAAUAAAAUCCAUCUGGUCCAUCUCUCGUCGCCCUCCACGAAACACCAGUCGAGUUGUUGACCACAGUGUGCUAGCCAGCCCGGCUCGGUUGGCUAACACUGCUGUCAUAGGCGACAACACCACUGUCGACUUCGGUCUACUCAACAUCCGCUCCCUUACGAGCAAAGAGUCUCUCAUCCAGGAUCUCCUCAUUGACCGUGUGGUGCUGCUUUCUGUAACCGGGCCGGUGUCAGGAUGCCAGAAAUAAACACGGAUAAUCUGGAUGAGAAGCAGGUCCGCCUGCUGGCUGAGAUGUGCAUCGUGGUUGACGAGAACGACCAGCAGACAGGAGCAGAUACGAAGAAGAACUGCCAUCUCAACUCCAACAUCAGCAAAGGAUUACUGCACCGAGCUUUCAGUGUUUUCCUGUUUAACAGUGAAGAAAAGCUGCUCUUGCAGCAGAGAUCUGACGCCAAGAUCACUUUCCCAGGGUGUUUCACGAACACGUGCUGCAGUCACCCUCUGUACACACUGCCCGAGCUGGAGGAGCAGGACGCCAUCGGGGUGAGACGAGCUGCACGGAGGAGACUGCAGGCUGAACUGGGCAUCUCCACCCAUCAGGUGUCUCCAGAGGACAUGACGUACCUGACCCGUAUCCACUACAAGGCCGAGUCGGACGGGGUGUGGGGCGAACACGAGGUGGACUACAUCCUGUUCCUGCAGAAGGACGUGGAGCUGCAGCCCGAUCCCAACGAGGUGAAAAGCCAUCGCUACGUCUCGAAAGAGGAUCUGAAGGAGCUGCUGAAACAGGCGGAGCGAGGCGAAGUGCAGAUCACACCAUGGUUCAGCCUCAUCGCCAACACCUUCCUGUUCACAUGGUGGGACAACCUGCAGAACCUUAAACAGUUCACGGAUCAUAAGCACAUCCACCGCAUGUGAUGGGAUGGGAUCAGUGCCGCUUCAGACACCGAGAUCCACUUCAUCAUCCGAACAGACCUGGUGUAAGACACCGAAGCAUCUCAGGGUUUGUCCACAACCCUGACCAGUUUCCAAAUCUCUGCACGUGAUACUGCCACCACCGUGCUUCACUGUAAACAUAGGGUUCUCCGGUUGAUGAGCAGUAUCAUGUUUUGUUGCACUUUGUGCCAACGUCAAAAUGUUUGAUUUUAGCUUUUAUUACUGUAAAGAAAGCACGUGUAACGGGUGAAACUACACUAGUAAUUUAAUUCAUGGACUGGUGUUUGCUCUCAGCAUGCUUCUUCAUGUUCACCAGUUCUAUGAUUUGAAUGAAAUUUUACUUUUGGGUUGGAUUCAAGGCUUGACACGUGCUGCCCGAUUUCCUAAUUAUUACUUACUUUCUUGUUUCCAUAUUAAUUAAUAUUUUUCUCUAUAUAUUUCCCAAACAGAAUAUCUCAUCAGAUUUUUUUGGAGUAUUUAUUUUAAAGCAUUUUAGGUUUAUUAUUUUUAAACAGUCAGAUGGAGAGUCUGCUUCUCACCACCAGCUGAGACGUUUCAUUUAAGGGUAAUAUAUAUAGUGGACAUUUGAUAUUGAGGUUCACUGUGAAUUGUACUGAAGUGUACAUUAAUGUAAAGUAAAUUGUAGAUAAAUAAAUGUAUUGAAUUAA